CCCUCAUCACACCAUGUUGUUUUCACUUCCAUCCACUUCACAAGUGGAUGAGUCUGAGCGCAGUUGAUCGCUGUGACAAGAUCUUGAGACUUCAGCUGCUCAUCAGAUAUGCAAGAUGAGAAGAUACUUACUUGGAAUAUUUGUACUUUUGAAAUAUUGCAUUUGUGGUGAUGUGGUCAGCUUUGAUUCAGACAUUAAGGACUUUAUAGUUGGUAACAGUAAGUUGUUCAUUCUUACUGACCAUCAACUUCAUCAGAUGAGACACGAUCUGAAGGAAGAGAAAAGAAAAGACAUCACUAAAGUCAACAUUCUGGUGACUUUUGACACCAACGGCACUCUGAUAACAUGUGGGACUUUUAAAGAUGGAUAUUGUGAAGUUCUUGAUAUAAAUGACAUUACAAACAGUAUUUACUAUGAAAGUAAUAUAUUGCUAGGACCGCGACAGGAUGAGAAAUCUGUUGCCUUCAUAGCCGAUAGAUACCUUUUGGUUGGGAAAAAGGAUGAUGAUGCAAAAGCUCAAGAUACUGUAUAUUCUGUUGUUACCUUGUGGAACACUUUACAGUCUCAACCAGGUGACAUUUUCUCAAAAAUAGCAGAAGGAUUAUAUGCCAUCAUUGAGAGCACUGUGAGAGAUGUGGAGUUUGUUAAUGGAUUCCAGAGAGUUUCGCCCUCAGAAUCCUACUUAUUUCUCAACGCAAAGACUGACUACAAGAGGAAAGUGCUCGUACUAAGGAUGAACAGUUCUAAAGAAAAAAAGAGAGAUAUCAUCAAAUCUCUACAGGCUGCAACAAUACGAUGCUGCAGUGAUAAAGUUCAUCCAGUGCUCGUCGCCUCCACUGUUAUUCCCUCAGCGAAUGGCAUUAUUUGGGCAGGUGUGUUCAGUGCACAGAAGGAUUCAGAGAACAGCGCACUGGCUCUGUACAACAUCAGUAACGUUCAAGGCCGAGUGAAGGGUUUCUGCCCUAUUGGUGACAGGCCAUGUGGUUUUGAGAGUGGUAGUGAACUUCAGCCACUCUCUGUGGUCUUCAAGUACAGCUCAAUAUCAGCAGUGGCAGCAAUGAGAAGUGAAUCCUGGAUUGUGCUGUUCAUAGGAACCAGUGAUGGCCAACUCAUAAAGCUUGUUUUGGAUGAGAAAUUCACACCAGGUUGUCCAACAGUGCUAUAUAAAUCCGAUGAUGAGCAAGCAGUGUUUCCCAAAAUGCACUUUGAUCCAGUAGAUUUCAAACAUAUCUACAUCGCUCUGAAGAAUCAGUUAAGAAGAGUGUCUGUGGUUUCAUGUGCUAAAUACAACACUCUGAAAGACUGUAGAGCUGCUCUGGAUCCUCUCUGUGGCUGGUGUGUGAACAAACACAGAUGUUCUACUCAAAAUGAAUGUUCAAAUACUUCAUGGGUGUCCAUCCCAAAAAACUCUCUUCAGACACAGCUGCUUUCUUUUCAUAUGGCAGAGAAUUCUUCUAGUGAGAUUACUCUACAUCUUGCCUUGAGCCUAGAGAGCACAGGAAAUCCUGUCUUCUCAUGUGCCUUCACUAAAGAUGGUGUAAACUUGUGUGAUGGGUCUGAGCCCCCUGCAGCUUUCCCAAACUGCUCCUGUAGUUUUUCUGACCAGCCACUACAUACUGAAGGUUUAAGAGUCUCUGCUACUGUUACUAUUGAAGAUCAGAAGAUCACAGAGACGCUGACACUGACAAACUGCUUCAGUAUCACAGAUAAUUUACCAAAUUCUUCUUAUACACAGUGUGUGCAGUGUUUCUCAGCUGGAUGUCACUGGUUCUCUUCCUCUGAAUGUUUUGAUUGGACACAUGGAAGUAGGCCACAGUUACACAUACAGGAGGCAUGUAAAUAUCUGCUCUCUAAGAUGAAGCCAGAGAUUCUCUCUCUGGAGCCAAAAAAGGUUUCUUUCCAUGGCAGAAACAACAUUUUACUAAGAGGAAGAAACCUGGAAUCUGUCACUAAAAUCCGUAUUCAAGGGAAUCUGGACUGUAUUUCUAAAGAAUUUCCAGUGUUUGAUCGUUCCAGUGACACUUUAAGAUUCCACAUUCCUCCCAGUGCAACUAAAGGAACAGUGAAGGUUUCUGUUGUUACUCCUGACGACCGUUGUCAUGGUAACAGCAUCAUCACUUACAGUUCUCAGCCCAGCUGCACUGGAAUACAGCCCAACGUCACCUGGAGCAGUGGUGGAAGGAAGAUUCAUGUUCAGGGCAGCAAUAUGGAAUUAGUGGAGUCAGUUACUGUCCUUCCCUCUAAUAAAGUACUGAAAACGCAAUACGACACAAGCUCGGGGGUAAGAUGUACUCAUUAUUCUGCAGUAUCUGACACAGAUGUCAGUGUAACUCCAGUGAGUAUUCAAAAGUCCCAUAUUCACACAUGUGGUCUAUGAGGUUGAGGUUAUUCUAAUUUGUCCCUUGAGAUUCAUUUAUAAUGUUGCACAUAUCAACCACAGUGUGAUGUCACUAUAAGAAGGAAGAGAAAAUGAGUCUUGUUGGCAGCUUGAUUUCAAUAAAAGAUUGUUUUGCAGUGAGGAGGAUUUUUUGAAGUCUGAAACUGAAAAAGCUAGAGAAGAGGAUGACCAAACAAUCCAUAGAACAAAAAAUCUGUAUUCCAUAUUAAAAAAAAAAAAAAAAUACUAAAGUCUUAAAGAUUUAUUUUUAGCAUUUUUACAAUAGGACAGUAAAGACUGACAGGAAUCAGGCCGCAAAAAGAGGGAGGCAGGAUUGGGAAAGGUCCUCAAGUCAUGACCAAUGUUGCCAAGUCCUGGUUUUCCCGUGGAAUUGGGCUACUUUAACGCUAUUGCCGUGGGUUGUCCACGAGUUGAAGUGACCCUAAUAACCCUGACUGGGGGAACUCCGCCAAAAAACGUGUAUUUUACCCUGUGGAACAGGGGAUCCCCCUUCAAAAUGUGGUUGUGUGGGU